AUGGAUUUGAAAUCGUUCGAAAAUUUUGGAAUUGGUGAUUUUCUUUUAUUUUUAAGUACUAUAUUAACUAUCUAUGUGGCACAGUAUUAUUACAAAUAUUUUACUCGCGUCAAUCCUUUACCUGGACCAUUUCCAUUCCCAUUCGUUGGUAAUUUACCUCAAUACUAUUUGUGGUCUAAAGGAAAUACAAAAUUAUUUUAUGAAUUUAACCGCAAGAAAUAUGGUGACAUAUACGAGGUUCAGUUGAAUGGACGAGCUAUAAUUUUAUCUAGAGUAGAAUAUAUUGAAAAACUUUUAACACCUUCGACAAAAAAUUUACACAUGGUAAAAUAUCCUAAUAGCGAGGGAUUAGAAGAAUUGGGAAUUGAAGGAAAGGGAUUAUUAUUAAAUCAAGAUCUUAAAUCGUGGAAAUAUAAUCGUCAGUUUUUCACACAAGCUAUUUUGUCACCGAAAUUUACUAAUGAAGCUAUUGAUUGGACAAACAAACUUUUCAACGAACUGGAAGGUUAUUGGAAUAAAUUAUUUCUUAAAGAAGAAAUUAUCAAAGAAAGUGAAAAUAAAUUGGAUCUUACUGCAUGGUUUAAUCAAUACACAAACGAUAUGAUUAUUAAAUUGUUAACUGGGGAAAGAUCAUAUUCAAUGGCGGCUUAUUUUGAUACUCUCAGUGAUGAAAAAUCUGAUCAUCCAUCAGCAAUAGUCAAUGAUUCUGUAAAAUUAGUUCAAGCAUUUCGUAAACAUCUUUUAGGGUUUGUAUUAUUUAUAAAUGUAUCUUCUUUCUUACGACAUUAUGUUCCAUUUUUUAAGAAUAAAGCAGAUGAUUUACUUCAGAACAUAAGAUUUAUUAAUAAAAGACUGGAUGAAAUUAUCAAGAGACGUAGACAAACAAUUGAAAAUACACCAUUGGAUGAAUCUUUAACAAAUGAUAUGUUGACAUCGUUAAUUACUGCGAAUACACCUCGUGAUGCUAAUCAUGUCAAACCUGUUGGUGGUGAAGCUUUGAAUAAACCUAUGACUGAUUCUGAAAUUUGUGGUGUUAUUUUUGAUGGAUUUCUUGGUGGAACUGAUACAACAGCAAAUACGAUUUCGUUCGUUAUAUAUCAUAUUGCACAUAAUCCAGACGUGAAAAAGAAAAUGUUGGAAGAAAUUGAUAGAAUAUUCCAAGGUGAUAGAACACGCCCAAUCACUGAAAAUGAUGUUCAAAAAUUAAAAUACUGUAAAGCGAUUGUAAAGGAAGUCUCUCGUGUUCUCGCAGUUAUACCUUUUAUUGUAAGAUCAAUUAAUAAACCUGAUGAAAUAGCAGGAUAUAAAUGGCCAGCCGGUACAAUGUUUCGAAUCAAUGCUGAUGCUAUUCAUUAUAAUAAAGAUUAUUGGGAAGAUCCUGAUAAAUUUAAUCCCGAUAGAUGGAUGGCUGAAGGUUUCGAGUCAAAGAAACUUUCAUUUCUCAUGUUCGGUGGAGGAUUAAGAUUAUGUCCGGGAAGAAAGUUGGCAAUGAUUGAAUUAGUUUGUUUGAUUGCUUUAUUAUAUAGAAAAUAUGAAAUAGAUGUGAAUGCUCCUUUAAAAGUUGUAAAUGGCAGUAUAAUUGUUUGUGCUGAAUUAUUAGCUGAACUUAAACCAAGAAAUUGA